AUGUUUGCUAGAGUCUUUCUUUUCUGCACGUUAUCUUUGAUUCCGCUGCGCGUGGCCACUAGUCAGCAAUGUGAACCCGCUGAGCAGUCAGAGAGUGGAAAAGCUCUCAAAGGUCACGUCUUUAAAUCGAAAAGGGUUCAAAAUCCGUACGAAUGUCUUAUGUUCUGCUACAGCGAAUUCACAUGUCAGAGCUACAAUUACGUCAUGACUGGUAAUUUUUGCGAGCUGAAUAAGAGAACCAAAGAAGCGAGACCUGAAGAUUUUGUCCAAGAUGAAACUAGAUUCUACGUGCGACGGUGGAAGAACAGAGGUACGGAUACAAUGAAACAAAGUAUUUAUUAUCAAGUAAAAGUUAGAACCAAAUGGAAGCUUAUCUUAAUCUGUGAUAUAAUUAUAAAUGUCAACUUCCUUUCAGUUCCUGGACAAUCAUAGCCAAUUUGUCUUGUUAAGUUCCUCAACAAAAUAUCUUUUUAGCCAUUCGUAUGGCGGUAACCUAUUUCUCAACCACUUUUGGAAUAGAGAGAUUGUAUUGGAGAAGGAGUGAGAGCCACAUACAAACAGACCGGGGGGGAAAUCGUUUGAAGUAAUCAAAACAGCCAAGCAGAAGAUAGGAAGCUACCUUUCAGGGCCAAUGAGAACAGGCUCAAAGUCAGGAAAAAACCAAACUCUCAAAAGAGCGAGAAAACGCGAGCGAUCAAGUCGUGGCCAAGUCGCGGCGAUCAAGUCGUGGUCAGCUUCGCUUCUGAUCGAUCGAGAGAGUGGGUGAAUUUUCUUAACCAUUCACAGAGCGAAGUAAAACAAACCGAUGCAAACUCGGAUUACUUUCGGCAAAGAAUUGAAAAUUUCUGCAUCACAACAUCACUGCUUAAAUAAAAAUUUUAUUGAUUCUGUCAUUUUUGUCAUUAAACCGAGGUAAAAAUCACUUGUGUAGUUUAUCCGAUCAAAACCUCGCAAUAAUGAAAGUUUUUUUUGGGGGGAGGGGGGAACGAGGUUCACGUAGGUGUCUCCUCUGUUCAAACGGAAAGGCAGGUGGUGCAGGGCAGGGAUAAGAACUUAACGACGUUGGCCAACGCUAUUUUUUUAAAGAUGGUAGCUUCAGAGCAUUCACGUCUUCCGCUACCAACUGGAAUUCUUUCAAAAUAAAAAUUUAACAUAUCAGUUGUAAGCAUAUAGUACUCAAGGUAUUGUUAGAUUCAUAACUAUAUUAUGCGAAUUGAUAUGACCAGAAUUGACCCUUCUUUAUUGAAAAUAAAAUUUGGUUGGUAAAUAGAACGUUAGAGUAUCAAGAAGGUAAUUGUCAUCGAACGAGAAACAUUUUACUGUUCCUUUUCCAAAGUCUCAUUAGGCUCCGUUCCCGAGAUGCCUGCCGAGUCUUGUGGAGAGAUCAAAGCCAGCGAACAAGGGAUGGCGGUCAGCGGUAGAUAUUGGCUGGAACCCCAGGAGACAAACAUGAAAUCCAAGAACUUUCUGGUAUCUAAAUCAUUAAUCUUCACUUAUAGAUAAUUGAAAAAAAUAGAGUUGUAUCGUAAAAAGUAAGAAUGUUUGGAAUUCAUAAUUUCUUUCUCAUGGACAAUUCACGAAAAAAUAAAUUUGGAUUAUUAAAUGGAAUUCUUAAUUCGUUUCCAGGUUUAUUGUGACAUGGUAUCAGUGGAUCAGGCCUGGACUCUCCUCGCUCGGUUUUCAAACAGAGACACUAAAAACUGGAUGGAUGACUCAGGAGACUGGUGGUACGACAGUGCUCAAGCUGCAGGAGAAACCGCUGACCCGUCAUACAACGCAGACAUGAUCUCGCCAGCGUUCUGGCUAGUCAGUGGCAGUGAGCUUAAGAUCACGCGCAAUGAUGACUCUGGACAUAUUCCUUUAUUGCAAACAACAGGAAAUUGUUUGAGCGGGCAGACAUUCCGCUCCAAAGUUACCACCUACGGUGACUUCAGAAACGGUUCAGUCUGGUCCGAUGGUAAGUGCCUCGGAAAAUGCAAUGUUCAAUAUGGCGGACAAUACCUAACAACUAAGGGUUUCGGACAGGCUUCAUGCAGCGGUGACCUACAAGGUGCUGAUGAAGUCGGCUUCUGGUGUAGCAGUGGUUGGGGUGGUUCUGUGAUCAUGAUUGGAGGGGGCGGAGCUAGUUGUUCAGAUGCCGAUCACGGAAUUGGGACAACGGUGGCAAAACUUUCCUCUUUUAAAAUAAAAGAAGAUGGCAGAAAAGAAGCUGACUUUGGUGACAGUGCAUGGGGUUAUAAAGCUCUUAGUUACUCGCUGAAUUUGUGGGUUCACUAA